GAAAAGAGUAAUCAUCAGUGAUGGUGGAAAGUUACUCACGGCGAGCUUCGCUUUGCCCUCCCUUUGUUCGAAAGAAUUGGACUAACGUCGCAUUCAUUUCGUUCAUGGUUGCCCACUUCCUUUGGAUCCAAUUUGUGGCUGUGCCUUCGGUAUCGACCAAUGGUGACAGCAAUAAUAUGAGCAUAUUGGCUAGCUUGCAACAAUUCAGAAAUCAUCCCGUGGCGCUCUCUACCAAUAGGAACGACGAAAACGUAAAAAACGAGCCAAGGAACUUCACCAUUACCUCGAACUACAAGAGCGAAACGAAGAUUCCAAUAUUUUACAAUCUCUACAUUGGCAACGAGACGGACAUUCCAAGAAUACGGGAUUUGAUGUCGGAGCAAUUGUCGAUGAGGGAUCCCACCAUUCAUACCCCAGUUUACAUUACUACAAUUGGCUCAGAAAUCGACGACAAAACGCUCGAGUCUUUCGUCUAUGGUAGUAAGAACGAAGCUAAAGCCGACGAAAUUGUGCACCUACGACACGUCGAAAGUGGAAACGAGCUCUUGUCUCUGGAAUCAUUGUGGGAGCAUUGCUCAAAAGAAGAAAACCACGAAACGUCGGUGGUUUAUCUGCAUUCAAAGGGAUCUUACAGCAACACAAUUGAAAACACGCGAUUGCGAUUCUUUUUGACGGCUGGGGCCCUGAGCCAGGAUUGCGCUGUUGGACUGGCACGUCGUUCAGCGCGAAAGGGAAUGGAGGUUUCGCACCCACGCUGCAAUGUGUGUUCCACACGGUUUUCGCCGCUCCCCCACCCGCACACAUCGGGAAACAUGUGGGCGGCACGCUGUGACUACAUUGCAAAACUCUUCCAUCCCUCCAAGUUUGAUGCUCGCAUGCGGCGGUUCAGCCCCCCCGGAUCGACCCGCGCUUGCAUCGGCCGGGGGCGCUGGGCUGCCGAGCACUGGGUCCAUACCCACCCAACGGUAGAACCGUGUGACCUAUAUACCUCGAAUCGAUUCUUGUUCAAUUACGAGCACCUGCCAAAUCUCUCGAGCGCCAAGGACGUCCGCAARGUCUUGUACGGAGAGGGCAACACAAACGAUGGAUCUUCCAUGAUGAAAUUGCAAGAAGCCCCGCGAUUCGACCUGAAAACCUUUUCCUCGACRGGRAUUUGCAAGGAUACCGGUGUGGGAACCCUGGACAUGCGCUUGAAGGAGGCUCGCGUCUUGUACGGUUACACCGCGGAUGGCUCUGACAGARAAGAGGCCGGUGGCACAGGUGGAAAAAAACCCAAUCAAAGCUACAACACUAUGCCACUGAGCUGGUGGGGAUGGAAAUUCUGGAAUAACGGAUCGACUCUGGUGUGAGCAGAAGCAGCAACAACGCGAUAGCGUUCAUCAUCAACAGUCGUUGAACUAAUCUUAAAC